CAUUUUAUCUUGAAAAUGGCCACAACACUGAGCUUCCUCUCUCCCACUCUAUCUCUCCCUACACAAAAGCCCUCGUCAAUUCGAACACAGUGUUUCCCCUUUUCUUGUGUUUCAUUUCCCUCAAUCUCAGCCGCUGCUUGGCGAAGUCAUGGCCGCAUCCUCCCCUGCAGCAUCAACCCCACUUUCUCCACAAAUGCAACUCAAUAUGAGUUUAGUGAUGAUUCGUCUGAGGUAGAGUUGAGACUGGAACUGGGGGAAGAAAACAUAAGUCCAGGGGAUGUUUAUGUGGAUGCAACUGAGAAAUCUUUGGUAAUAAGAGUGCAGUCUUCUGGAUGCACAAAAACUCUCUUGGACACUCAUAAUCUAUAUGGAAUGAUAAAGCCUUCUGAGAUGAUAUGGUAUAUAGAUGACACCCAGCUUGUAGUUAACUUGAAAAAGCAAGAUCCCGAACUAAAAUGGCAUGACAUCGUGGAAUCUUGGGAGUCAUUAACGACUGGAGUCGCCCAACUGCUGAAAGGAACAUCAAUCUUUUUAGUUGGAGAAUCAACAGAAAUUAACAACAGUGUUGCUCGAGAAUUAGCAGUCGGUCUUGGAUACUCUCCGCUUUGCACAAAGGAGCUUCUUGAAGCGUAUUCCAAGCAAACUAUCGAUUCAUGGAAGGACGAGGAAGGAUCUGAUUCUGUCGCAGAAGGGGAAGCUGCAAUAUUAGAUAGUCUUAGUAGUCAAGCAAGAGUAGUUGUUGCAACAUUAGGAGGGAAGCAUGGCGCUGCCAGGAGACCUGGAAAAUGGCGGCAUCUCUUUGCAGGAUUUACAAUUUGGCUGUCGCAGUCUGAAGCAACAGAUGAAGAGUCAGCUAAAGAAGAGGCCAGGAGGGAUAUCGAAUAUGGCCUCCGAGGCUACACUAAUGCUGAAGUAGUAGUGAAGCUCCAAGGUUGGGAUGCCACUUACACCAAAACCGUGGCUCAGGCAUCACUCAGUGCUCUUAAACGAUUGGUUUUGUCCGAUAAAAACAUUACAGGUAAAAAAAGUCUGUAUGUCCGACUUGGAUGUCGAGGUGAUUGGCCGGAUAUUAAACCUCCUGCUUGGGAUCCAGCAACUGCUUCAUGACUGCUGCUUGUGUUGUUCAUUCAGCUUCAUCAAUGUUGACAAAUUCCGAUGUUCAAUUUAUGAAAAUAUAAAGAAAAGAUCGCUUAUCUUCA